GAGAGAGAAAGAGGGAGAGAGAGAGAGAGAGAGACGAGAGAUAACGUCCCGCGAGUGCAACGAGCUAAUCCGCGAAAACGCAGAGCAAUUUCUCCCAAAGGGAUUCUUCCCGGCAUCUUUUUCUUGCGAUAUCAGUGUGGAACGUGAAUUGUGCAGGGCGUCACUAUCGUAGCAGGUAACUUCUUGAAAGACGGUUCUAUUUUUCACACACGACACACACCGCUCUGUAUUGAAAAGUUGAUCGCUCCCGCUCGCGCGCCGAAGGUGCUGCUUAAAACGCGGCCCCCUUUCCCGUUUUUCCGAUGGCCGCCCGAGGCCAGACGAGAAUGUAUCCGCAUGUAAACGGAAUCCUCCCCGUUGGGACGACCGUACGGGAGUUCGAUAAAGAGGCCGCAAAAAGCAAGACGUGAAUAUAAAUGCGCGCUCGCGCUUUGAGAAUCAGAACGUACGUGCGUUCCUUUUCUGAAAUGCAGUCUCUCGCGUUACGUAGGCAGAUGCAGCUUAUCGAGAGGCACGAUUGCAAAAGCGAGGCUCUCCGAAUGCAGAGGAAAAUUCAGAAUAACGUCAUGCAUGAUAAUGUUGGCGAGCUGGAAUAAAUCACCAAUGAUUACCGGCGUGCUAGGAUAAUAAAUUAUCAAGGCGGCAGACAAAAAUAAAAAGAGAAAGAGAGAGAGAGAGAGAGAGAGAGAGAGAGGAACUGAUAACACUGCGAUUGCAAAGAAAGAGAAAAUUGCCGAAAGAGAAGAUCGAGAGUCACGUGGUUCGCGCAUUUUCGCGCUGCGUAUCGCGCGAUGAUACGAGCGGAUGAUACGUGACGAUUUGACAGACUCGAUCGCGAUACGUUGAGGAUGUUGCUUGACAAGGUGUGUCUCCACCUUGCCGACGAGGAUCGAAUCGGAUCGUCAAGAAAUAAACUCAAGAGACUGAGGAUGACUGCGGCCGAACGAGGACUUGUGCACGACUCGCGUUUUUAAAUAACAGUAACGCUAUAAGAACGCGCCCGUCAUCGCGCCGGCAUCAUGGGGAAUGGCAUGAACAAGGUGCUUCCUGGUCUUUACGUAGGUAAUUAUCAGGAUAGCAAGGACGCCGAUCAGUUGGAGCGUUUCGAAAUCACGCAUAUUCUGGCUAUUCACGACACAGCUCGCCGUUUGCACUCCGACAAGCAUUAUCUAUGCAUCUUGGCCGCCGACAGUCCUGAUCAGAAUUUGUCGCAAUACUUUUCUCUGUGCAACGACUUUAUUCAUGCCGCCCGUCUUCGCGGCGGAAAUGUUCUGAUCCAUUGUUUGGCAGGAAUGUCGAGGAGCGUGACAGUAGCGGUGGCCUAUAUCAUGAGCACCACCAGUCUAUCUUGGAAAGAAGCGCUCAAAGUCGUUAGAGUCGGUCGUUCGAUUGCAAAUCCGAAUGCUGGUUUUCAACAACAGCUCAAGGAUUUCGAGUCUAGCCGUUUACAAGACGAGCGUAAUAGGUUGAAAGAGCGAUUCCCUAGCCUCGCUCUCGCCGAGUCCGACGCCGAAGCUUGCAGAUCCACCCUGAGGAAUUACGAAACACUGGCUCUAGCGAAAGAGGUUUGCGAGGGUAAAUGCGCCAUGGGACGCACUUGUCCGACCGGGCUUUGCCGUCAGGCAACUAAAAGGACUCUGAGAAGGAAGUCAUCCACCAGCAGUAUCGGAAGCGUGUCAUCCGGCAGGACACCUCCGCAAACACCACGGAUGCUACCAUCCGCACCACCCUCACCGGCUUUGCACAGAUCAUCUAGCGUUAUGUCCACAUCGAGACCGAGGAGUGGACCGGCAGGAUUGCAUUCUUAUACCGGAGGAUCCGCUCCUCCUUCUAGGGCUGUGUCAAGGGUGGAUCUUUCGGCGGCGGUCGCCUGCAGCAGCAGCAACACCAACCUCUCCGCCAUAGGCAGAUCGAGUGCGUUUUCUAGUAGCAAUUGGCGACUGACCGCUGGUUCCGCGCCGAACACGCCGAGACCGACGCCGCCGGUCUCGCCACAACGAUGGCCAAGGCGACUAUCGAAUCGGCAGACGCCGCAAUUGCCGGCACCACCAGAAUCGCAUCCUCCGACGAUGACGUAG